AAAUUCCUCGCUGGCUGGCAACUUCGCUAAUUCGCAAAGUAUUUAUCUUUCAUAUGAGCCCACACCGCUAGUUGUCGUCGCCAAAAUGUCCACGACUUUGGAUAAAGAGUUACAGGAGCGGCUGAGAGAAGCGUCUGCUAUCGGAGACGUGGAGGAAGUGCGGUCGCUGGUGGAGAGCGGGGUAAAUGUUAAUUCGCAGAACGAAAUCAAUGGAUGGACAUGUCUGCACUGGGCUUGCAAGAGGAACCAUAAGCACAUAGUGUCCUACUUACUUAGCUGUGGGGCAGAUAAAGAAAUCCUCACAGCUAAAGACGAGUUGGCCUCACAGUUGACGUCCAAACCAGAGAUCAAGCGACUCUUAGGAGUUGAAGUGGAGGAAGCGCCUGAAGUCAAGGAGCCCGAGUUGCCAAUUAUCCCAAAUUAUCUGUCCAACCCACCCUUUAUAUAUUCCAAGAUGGACAGCAAGUCGGAGAUCAUCCAGAACCAUGCACAAAACGGCUCUAGAGAAUACGCCGAAGACACCCAGAGCGAUUCAACCUCGCUUUCGUCGACAGAUGAGCUCCAGAAAUCCCAGAGUCUGGUUUCUAACGGCCCUACUCCUCCAAACCCUCCUGUUAACCACAGUCAAGUCCCAGUUGGUGAAUUUAUCCCCGUUUUUGAGCAAAACGGUGUGGCCUCAUCCCACAAUCACGCUGUUGCCAGCCGCUCAGUGCCUAUGGACCUGUCAGUUGAGCCACAUCUGGUCAACCACGCCGAUUAUUCUCAUGUAGUGGCGCACAAUGGUGCCGUGAGUUCGCCCCCGUCGGCGCCAACGUGCCCUGGCUUGGCUGCCAACGGUGGCAGCCAGGUUCAGGCUCCUGUGGGCAGCACAAACCCAACCAUGAGCAGGCAGCAGUCUAUUUCACAGCAGCUGGGCUACAGCCAGGGAAAUGGGCCCAUGCCAGCCUUUCAGCCCUUCUUCUUCACCAGCACCUUCCCUGUCAAUGUUCAAGAGUUGGUGCUGAAGGUUCGUAUCCAAAACCCAAACACUCGGGAGAACGACUUCAUUGAAGUGGAGCUGGAUCGUCAGGAGCUCACCUACCGGUCCCUUCUGAGAGUCUGCUGCCGUGAGUUGGACAUCAGUGCCGAACACGUGGAGAAGAUCCGUAAACUGCCCAACACCUUGUUAAGAAAGGACAAGGACGUGGCUCGGCUGCAGGACUUUCAGGAGCUGGAGGUCGUGUUAGAAAAAGCAGAAGGCCUGUCUCUGUUUUCUGGGGCUGGGGGCCUGACAGACCGACCCUGCUACAACAUGAGGGCCUCUCGUCUUACUUACUAGAGCAGGCACAAACCCUGAGGUCUCCCUGAUCUGGAUGGGCUUCUGUAGCUACCCUGAAGAUCCUUGGAAUGGCUGCCCACCCAGGUUCCCUGUCGCAGCUCCGGUCAGCUUCAGUGUCCUACCUAUAAUCCAGCUGGGAUUAGCUUGUUUGAGCUGUAGCUAAUGUAAUUCUUCUGUCCUCUUCUGGCCUUCCUGCUGCUUUAGUGUACCCAAACCAGCUCCAAGCGUUGGCUGAUGCAUGGUAUCCUUGAUUAUGUGCAAAAUAUUUGGGCCCCUCUCUUCAGCACUCUUUCCCAUUGCAGUUCGUGCCAAGGCUCAAGUGGGUCAACGGGGG